UUCUUGUCGUUUGGGAAAGAUGUCGGCUGUGCAGCCUCCACCUCUCCGGAGCCUGGAUGAUUUUAUCCGGAGUUCGGCCCGGUUCGCUGUGCCCGACGUGCGCGACCUGGACCGCUGGAACAACCGGAUCAUCACCAACUGGUUGUACUCAGACCAACUAUUUAGUGACGGCGGCGGGAAUCCUGCUGCUGUGGGGUAUCUUCAACCCUUUCAGUUGAUUGUUGGGGCGGCGGUGGUCACCAUAUUGUUCCUGGGCUUUGUCUGGGCUGCCGAGAACCAAGCUCCCAUUCGUCGUUUCCGUAGAAAUCAUCCGUCCAUCUGUGUGUUAGCCAUUCUUUCUGCUAGCUACAUCUUCUUGUCUGUGCUGGGAAGCGUGGCCACCUUCUUGUUUGGGAUUGCCUUUCCCAUACUGAUGAUGCUCAUCCAUGCGUCGUUCAGGCUGCGCAAUCUGAAGAACAAGAUGGAGAACAAACUGGGAGCAUCGCCUGAAGAGGACGCCAUGGGACUCCUGCUGGAGGCCCUGGGCCAGGAACAGGAGGCCGGAUCCUAGAGCAGGGAGCAGGCAGAGGUGCUCAGGAGAGGAGGAAGAAUGGAGACAUAUGUGGUGAUGACAUUAAUUAAGGAACGUUCGAAAAAAUCAGUUAAAUAUCUGCAAUGAAGGAAG